AUGAAUGAAGAAUCAUUGACAUCGUGGGACCUAGAUGUUCCAAGACCCCAAGGACAAUCAAUCAGCAAUGCAAAUUUGCGUGGCUCCAGUCGUUCGACCUCGCUCAUGGCUUCAUCAACCACCCCUUCGAGUACUACACCAGAUACAACGCCAACAGAACAAGCCGACCGAGUCAUUAAUCAUAGUCCAAGUAGCAGUACAGGUCGUGGAUCUAGACCAAUGGAUAGUUCUUGGAACAAAAAAUAUGUCCUCACACUAGAUGGCGGAGGCGUGCGUGGUCUAUCAAGUCUGAGUAUCAUCCAGCACCUUAUGGAUCUUUGCAAUUCGUUUGAGCAAAAAGAAGAUCCGCUUGUCAAGUCCAGUUUCCACCCACUCCCUUUUCAAGAAGGCCAAGGGUCAAAUAUCAAAAACGAGUCAAGGACUGCACAGUUUUUACCGGUUCAUUAUUUUGACUAUAUUGCGGGUACAAGCACUGGAGGGUUAAUUGCUAUUUAUGUUGAGCCGACUACGAAUGAGCACCGACGAUUGUAUUCAAGAAUACGAAACAUUGGGGGAAAAAGUCUUUGGUCAACCACGCAAGUUUUCGAUGCGAGGCCCUAUACCCAAUCCGAAAUAAUAGCUCCGCUAAUGCUCCUUAUCUCUUUUCGAACGUAUGAGCAUACCAAAUCACAAGCCACCAAUCCGCAAGAACUCAAUCCUGGCCACCCGCAGUCAAUACCUAUAUGGCAGGUCGCUCGAGCAAUUACUGCAGCGCCGACAUACUUCAAAUCAUUUCGGCUUGGCGAGGAAAAGUUCAUAGACGGCGACUUUGGCUAUAAUAAUCCCACCCGCAGGGCAAUUCUUGAAAUCGAGCAAGUGCAUGGCGAAGACACCAUCGCUCUUGUGGUCAGCAUUGGCACUGGUCGGCGUCUGAAAGUUCGAUCGAUAGCGAGACACGGCUGUGGGCUCACAGGUGUGGCAAACCACUUUAGUCAAAUGAUUAAAUAUACCACAGCCUCAACAACCGAUACAGAAAGCACCCAUCAAUACGUAAUGGCGCUAUUGGCUGCGCGAAAAUGCCCCUACAAGCGCUUCAACGUUGACGGGGAGCUUGGUGACAUGGAUCUUGGGGAAUGGCGCACCGAUGGUGCGAAAAACGUAACUCUCGAAACGAUAAAACAGCAGACACGUGCCUAUCUCGAACAACCGAAGGUCCGAAAACAUAUGGAGGAAGCCGCCAUAAAGCUGGUGAUCAAUCGGCAAAUGAGAUCCAAGACUCCUAGAUGGGAUGUUGUGGCUACGGGUUAUAGGUAUCAGUGUCCCGAACAGUGUAACAAGGAGAUAAUCUAUACAAAAGAAUAUUUGGGGGACCAUCUUUGUGAGGUUCAUGGGAUUCCUAGGGACGCCGAUGAAGGGCGUGAACUGGAAAGGGCGUCACAUCUACAAAUGUCCACACCCUAUAAUUCUGCAAGCAAUAGCUCGACGCUACUCGGUUACGGCAUCCAAGAUAUUCAACAACAAAAGCAAAUUCCGACUUCUUCGAGGAAGAAAUCUGGUUCUGCUUCGCAAAAGAAUCUAUCGACAUAA